CUCCAAAAAAAGGACACCAGUUGAGAGGCAUCAUGUUGGGGGAAGCCCAGAGAGCACAGGAGAACCACUCUACAGCAAAGAUGGCUGAUUCUGACUCUGGGGGAAAAAACUAUGACAGCAUGCUGAAAAUGCUCUCAGAUCUGAAUAAAGACUUAGAAAAGCUUUUGGAAGAGAUGGAGAAAAUCUCAGUGCAGGCGACCUGGAUGGCCUACGACAUGGUGGUGAUGCGUACCAACCCCACACUAGCAGAGUCCAUGCGCCGGCUGGAGGAUGCCUUCCUCAACUGCAAGGAGGAGAUGGAGAAGAAAUGGCAAGAAUUGCUGGCUGAGACCAAGCGCGAGCAGUAGUCCUGCCUUGUGCACCACAGCAGCCGUGCUCCCAGUCGAUCAUGGGAGAAGCCACAGCAGAAGGAGGUGGUGGCAGUGACCCGGAAACAUAGCUGUAUGCACAAUACUUAUUUCUCAGUAAACUCAUUUUCAAGCACAACUAGAAGAUCCCUUUCUGU